AUAAAUUCCAGUUUCAAAAUAAAUUUGAAAGAUUAUUGCAUACGUGAAACUGAUUCAAUGUAAUAACCAACGAUUUAGACUUAGAUUUAGACAGAAAUUAAUGCUGGAUUUUCCUUUUCGGAAAGGAAGUUAAAUUGAUAAGCGACUACUCGCCGUGUUCUUGAAAUUUCAUGAAAGUUAUUUUUUAUAAAAAGUCUCGCGUAAAGGAGUGCGAAUCUGAGAAUGGUUAUUUGGGUACGACUUGAAAAUAUGAAGUGUCCGUCAUGUCCCAAUGAAGGCACUUAUACUUGGAUGUGCGCAGAGGACGGAAAUCCGACAUAUGUAAAUGAGUUAGGAGUUAUAGAAUGUCAAGGCAGUGCACAUACAGGUCCAGUCAUCAACUGGAGAUGGAAUUGUGGAAGUAGCAAACAUAACGGACAGUUUUUACCAGGAGACUAUGAAAGUUUCGGUUAUGCAAUCUCACAAGCAGUCCAAUUGUCGGGGAAAGCGGAAUCACAAUGGCUAUCUUCACUUAUCCUUGCGAUAGGAAAGCAAUAUGGAAGAUGAAUAUGACUGUGUAACAGCUGGAUCUUCAAUCGCAUACCUGCUACAGUGCAAAAUCAUAGUAUUCUUUCAUCAAACAAGAUUUUAGUUUGUUUUUUUGUGUGUGUGUUUUUUAACUUAAUAUACAUGGUUCUGAAACAAUAUGUUGAUCAUCAUAGAUUUAUUUAAAAUAUCAUGGAAAAAACAUUAUUUGCUUUCAUUAAAUGUAUG